AUGGUGAGAUUGCAAAAAGUAGAGUCUUUCUAUACUCAGCUUCGUGAAUCAGCUUCUUCAUCGUCUUCUCAAAACCCACUUCUGAUUUUCCCAUCAUCAUCUGAUGUUGAUUCUCUCUGCACUCUCAAAAUCAUAACCCAUGUCCUCGAAUCCGAUUCAAUCCAAUACUCUUGUUUCCCUGUAUCAUCCUUUCUCGAAAUCCACAAAUACGCAGGACAAGCUCUCUGUUCUUCGUCAGAUGGUAAUAGUAGUCCUGUGACUAUACUCUUGAUCAAUUGGGGUUGUCACCGCGAUUUGCGGUUCGUCCUCGGGUUAGGUUCCGCGGCUCGUGUGUUUGUUGUGGAUAGUCAUAGGCCUAUUCAUUUGCAUAACUUGAGUGAUGAGAAUCAUCAGGUUAUUGUUCUUUACACUGAUGAUGAUGAGAGACAAGCAGAUCUUGCUUACGAUUUCGAUGUCCUUAAACUCGCAAAUGAGAGCUUUCACCUAGAAGAAGAGUCUGAUGAUGAUUAUGAGAGUGGAAGUGAGAGUCAGAAUGGUGAUGGUGAUAGGUCAAGUAAGAGUAGGAGAUGGUGUUAA